AGAGGAGCCCCAGAGUUCCAGUAAGCCCCACCCUGCAUGCCCCUCCGCUUCCCGGUCUUGCUUUCCCUUUGGCUCUGUCCUCACUGAGGAGUCCACUGUCCCAGUCAUGGCGCGUGCUACCGGACCUGAGCGGCGGCUGCUGGCCAUCUACACUGGAGGUACCAUCGGCAUGCGGAGCGAAGGCGGAGUGUUGGUACCUGGAAGAGGCCUGGCUGCCGUCCUGAGGACACUUUAUAUGUUCCACGACGAGGAGUAUGCCCGGGCCCACAGCCUGCCUGAGGACACGCUGGUGCUGCCCCCGGCCAGUCCUGACCAGAGGAUCAUCUACACGGUGCUGGAGUGCCAGCCACUCUUCGACUCCAGUGACAUGACCAUCACUGAGUGGGUUCAGAUUGCCCAAACCAUAGAGAGACACUACACACAGUACCAGGGCUUUGUGGUCAUCCAUGGCACGGACACCAUGGCUUUUGCCGCCUCAGCGCUCUCUUUCAUGCUGGAAAACCUGCAGAAACCGGUCAUCCUCACGGGUGCCCAGGUACCUAUCCAUGCACUGUGGAGCGACGGCCGUGAGAACCUGCUAGGGGCUCUGCUCAUGGCUGGCCAGUACGUCAUCCCUGAGGUCUGCCUAUUCUUCCAGAAUCAGCUCUUUCGGGGCAAUCGGACAACCAAGGUGGACGCUCGGAGGUUUGCAGCCUUCUGCUCCCCUAACCUGCCCCCUCUAGCCACUGUGGGCGCAGAUGUAACAAUCAACCGAGAGCUGGUACGGAAAGCCAGCGGGAAGAACCAUCUGGUGGUCCACAGCAGCAUGGAACCUGACGUAGGCCUGCUGCGCCUCUACCCUGGGAUUACCGCCUCCCUGGUCCGGACCUUCCUCCAGCCCCCACUGAAGGGUGUGGUCAUGGAGACCUUCGGCUCCGGGAAUGGGCCCACCAAGCCAGACCUAGUACAGGAGCUUCGGGUAGCAGCUGAACAAGGCCUGAUCAUUGUCAACUGUACCCAUUGCCUUCAGGGGGGUGUGACUUCCGACUAUGCAUCUGGCAUGGCCAUGGCAGGAGCUGGCAUAGUCUCGGGCUUCGAUAUGACAUCAGAGGCUGCCCUGGCCAAACUGUCCUAUGUGCUGGGCCAGCCAGAGCUAAGCCUGAAUGACCGGAAGAAGUUGCUGGCCAGGGAUCUUCGUGGGGAGAUGACGUUGCCUACAAGAGAUGGCUUGCAGGAUGGCAUGCUGGGCUGCAGGGUAGCGUGGCUUCUCAGUAUGAGUGGCAGCCAGGAGGCCGAUGCCAUGAAGGAUGUUCUGCUGCCCGGCCUGGCCCUGGCUGCAGCUCAUACUGGUGACCUGGACACUCUGCAGACCUUUGUGGAGCUGGGCAAAGAUCUAAAUCUGAAGGACUGUCGUGGUCAAACCCCACUGCAUCUGGCUGCACGGAGGGGGCAUGCUGGCGUGGUCACCAUGCUGCUGCAGAGGGGUGUGGAUGCUGACGCCCGCGAUGAGGAUGGUCAGAGCCCACUACUGCUGGCCGUGAAGGGCAGGCAUCAGAGUGUCAUUGAGCUGCUGCGGGCCGCUGGGGCUCGCCUGUCUCCCCAGGAGCUGGAGGACGUUGGGACAGAGCUGUGCAGGCUGGCAUCAAGGGCAGACAGUGAAGGCCUGAGGGCGUGGUGGCAGGCUGGGGCUGACCUGGAUCAGCUGGACUAUGAUGGGCACAGUGCCCUGGAAGUAGCUGAAGCAGCUGGGAAUGCAGAUGUGGUGGCCCUGCUACAGAGCUUUAAGGACAGGCCCCGUGUCCCAGGAGCUGACUCAGAGCAUCGGACUCAUCCUCCCUAAGUUGGGAUAUCUUCUGAUGAAUCGGUUCCCAGCCUGUUGGCGUGACAAUCUGGAGGUCUUUGUUGAGCAGAUCGUCAAUAAAGUUGCUGGGACAGCUGCUCCUUGGCCUGGA